AGAUUAUGGAGCAAAGGGGAAGGUGAACACAUUAGUUGUUGAAGUAAGAUACCGGUGAAGACAAGAACCCUUGCCUUUCUAGAACUCGAUUUCUCACGCAGACUCCCCUUUCUAGAUCUUGAUUUCUCACACAGACUUACCCCUCACAUAUCCAAGGCUGGUUUGAUACCUUAUAUAUCCACAUCUGUUGCGCCUCCGAUCCAGCCUCUUCCUAAAACAAUGGGCAGGUCUCCUUGCUGCGACGAGAUUCACGUAAAGAAGGGGCCUUGGACUCCCGAGGAGGAUAAGAAGCUCGUCGACUACAUUCAGCUGCAUGGCCACCGGAGCUGGCGGGAGCUCCCCAAGAACGCGGGGCUGAAUCGGUGCGGAAAGAGCUGCCGCCUCCGGUGGACCAACUACCUUCGGCCUGAUAUCAAGAGAGGCAACUUCUCAGAAGAAGAAGAACGACUAAUUGUUCAGCUCCAUUCGGCCCUCGGAAACAAGUGGUCCAAAAUAUCUACGCAUCUACCCGGACGGACCGAUAACGAGAUCAAGAACUACUGGAACACUCAUCUCAGGAAGAAGCUUCUCCGCGUGGGCAUCGACCCCGUCACGCACCAGCGGGCAACUGAUCUCGAUCUGCUAUCAAGCCUUCCGAGCCUUCUCGCCGCCACAGCAAAGCUUGGCAACCUUGCCAACCCCUUGGAUAAUGCUCUUAGGCUGCAUGCAGAAGUUGUAGCCAGAUACCAGAUGCUCAAAGGCUUAAUUACGCUGAUGAUUCCUUCUGUUCUACCUCCUAACACGGAUGCAAUGAAUCCGCUGGGCUUAGCCUCCCCUGGAAGAUAUCAAGUGAAUGAUCUCCUUCAACAGAAUCAUCAGCUUGAAGGACUCGUGAAUGGCUCUCUCGCAUUUGGUCAGGAUCAGAUGCUGCCGGCUCCCGGUCCUUUGGGUUUGGUCAAUCCAAAUACCCCUAGCAGUUCUCAAGCAAGCCCGGAGUCAAGGAUUCCUCAAGAAAUGAUGAUGAUGAUGAUGAAAUCCAAUUAUGAUGGUUCCUCCACUUUGAUAGAUAGCAACAGUGGAAUAACUACUCCAGGUUUUAGUUGUUUGGACAUGCCAACUGCCCAUUCAACUCCUUCUUCGGUCUCGAUCUCUCCAGAGAACGAAGCUGCAGACUUCAUGCAGGGCGCAUGUGGACCAAAUGCUUCAACCCCUUCUCAAGGUUGGCAAGGUCUAAAUCUAGCUGAACCAGAUGACGAUUUUUCCUGGAAAGAUAUCCUAGACCAAAUAUGCUGGGCGGACGAGUCGUAGAGCGUGAACGCACAAGUCCGUACCACUUCGAUUAUAUGUUGCUCCCUCCCUUUCCAAUUAAUCGGAGCGAGAGAGAAAGACAAAGAAAGAGACCAUAUUUUGUGACAAAUAUUUCUAGCAGACUUUUCAUGACUUGUUGUUUUAUUCCUUCUUCUGUACGAUUUCGUUACAGAAAAUCUUAUGUUAUUGCUCCUGGUUACAGUAAGUUUCCGAUGAGGAUACUUUGUACAGAGACGGAAUCCUGGCCA